AUGCUGUCUAAUAAAUACAAAGGACUCCUAAGAAUUAAAUUUGGUCCGUUGAAAGCAGUUUUUAUAAAUCACCCAGAAUAUAUAGAGAAAGUUAUUAAUGGGAGCACACAUACUGUUAAAGGAAUUGCAUAUAAUUUUGUUGAACCUUGGCUCAAGGACGGACUUCUUUUAAGUAAUGGAUCAAAAUGGCAGCAACGAAGAAAAUUAUUAUCACCCGCAUUUCAUUUUAAUGUUUUAAAUUAUUAUAAAUCGGUUAUUGACGAAAGCUGUCAAAACUUCUUGGAUAAACUUGGAAAAGAAGUUGAUGCACCUAAUACCGAUAUCAUGCCGUACGUUGAGGAUUUCGUCAUAAACUCUAUAUGCAAAACUGCGAUGGGUACUCAACUACAUGAGGAAGACAGCAAUUUUGGAAAAAUGUACAAAGAAGGGAUAUACAAAUUAGGGGAGUACGCUGUGUACAGAACGCAAAGAAUUUGGAUGCACCCGUACAUAAUUUUUAAAUUUACAUCCGUGGGAAGAAAAUUACUUAAUAUUUGUAAAAUUUUGAGUUCCUUUCGUGAUCGUGUUAUUGAAAAACGACGAAAUCUCAAAAAUAAUUCUAAAACCAACUUCAACGAAGAACUCAAUAUAAAUGAAAAUGAAAAUGUAUACUCAAAUGGGAAAAAGAAAAUGGCGUUGUUAGAUCUACUGUUAAAAGCUGAAAAAGAUGGCGUCAUUGAUAAGGAAGGAAUUGGCGAGGAAGUGGACACAUUUUUGUUUGGAGGUCAUGACACAACGGCUAAUACUUUGCAGUUUACAAUGAUGGCAUUGGCUAACAAUCAAGAGGCACAGGAAAAGGUAGUUAAAGAAUGCAACAAAAUAUUUGGAUCUUCAAAACGCUCUGCAGAUAUCUCAGACUUGGCGCAAAUGAAGUACUUAGAAUGUUGUAUCAAGGAGUCAAUGAGGCUUUAUCCUCCUUUACCUUCAUUAAAUCGAACAGUUAAACAGGAAAUAACUUUAGGAAAAUACCAAAUACCUGUGGGGACAGAGUGCGGUAUUCUGAUAUUCGAUUUGCACCGUCGCAACGACCAAUUCGUCGAGCCUCAAGAGUUCCGCCCGGAAAGGUUUCAGGCUGAGCCCACAUGGCAUCCAUAUGCAUAUUUACCUUUUAGUGCAGGACCCAGAAACUGCAUAGGUCAAAAAUUUGCAAUGAUGGAACUUAAAGUAGCGUUAUCGGCUUUGCUACGUCGAUACCGCCUCCUGCCAGUCACAAAACCAAAUGACAUCAUCUUCGUUAUGGACUUCGUUUUACGUAUAAAGGAACCCAUCUACGUAAAGUUAGAAUUACGAAGCCAUCCCUACAACUUCCCGCUAAUUCCAUUCCUGGGCGAUCCUGUAUCCUUCACGGGCGGCCUUAUAUAUGGACCUCAUGUUUUGUGGAGGUACUUAACCGGGUACAAGAAUUCUAGAAAAAUGUGGACUUUUGUUUGCGUGGCAUUAAUUAUUUCGUUGUUGUUGUAUAAUAUUCUGUUGAGCUCGUCAUCAAAGAACAAGGAAUUAAAUGGCAUUCCGGGGCCUAAAGGAAUGUUUAUUUUUAGAAACGCGUUUGAUUUUUUUAUGUCAAGUGAGUCAGUGUUUUCCUAUUGUAGAUAUUUGACAGGUAAACAUAAAAGAAUGUGCCAAUUAAAUCUGAUAAAUAAACAAAUUGUACUUCUUUAUCAUCCAGAAGAUGUAGAGGCCCUGAUCAAUAGUACGAAACAUAAUGACAAGGGUUACCUUUAUGCAUUUCUUCGGCCAUGGUUAAAUGAUGGACUUCUGCUAAGCAGUGGUAAAAAAUGGCAUCAAAGAAGAAAAAUACUAACUCCAGCAUUUCAUUUCAAGAUUUUACGUCAAUUUAACGAAGUAUUAAUUGACAAAAGUGCAAAAUUUGUGGACAACCUGCAAUCGGAAGUAAACCGAUCAAAAACAAAUAUUUAUUCCUUCCUUACAGAUUUUACAAUAAAUUCUAUAUGUGAGACCGCAAUGGGAACUGUUCUAGAUCAAGAAUCUUCUUCUGUUAGCAGAUGUUACAAGGAUGCAAUACACGAACUGGGAACACAUUUAUUUUAUAGAACAUCAAGAGUAUGGUUACACCCAGAACCAGUUUUUAAUUUAAGUCAGGUUGGAAGAGUUCACAACAGAACAUUAGAUUUAAUAACUUCAUUACGCGAAUGCGUUAUUAAGCAGCGAAGGCAAGAUGGAUAUUUUAACGACUUGUAUAAAACUACGAUGACUGAAAGUGAUGAUGAUUUUUUUAUUAAUGGUAAAAAACGUUUUGCGAUGUUGGAUCUUCUUUUAAAUGCAGAGCAGCAAGGAACUAUCGACUCUGAGGGCAUCAACGAAGAAGUUGACACAUUUAUGUUCGAGGGCCACGAUACCACUGCAACUGGUCUUCAAUUUGCUUUUAUGUUACUAGCUAACUACCCUGAUGCUCAGGACAGGAUCCUAGAAGAAUAUUUUACAAUUUUAAACUCAUCAAAUCGAAGACCUACAUUAAGCGAUUUGUCAGAACUGAAAUAUUUAGAUGCUUGUAUUAAGGAAUCAUUGCGGCUCUACCCACCAGUGUAUUUCAUUGAAAGGAAAAGGGAUUUCCCACUAAAAUUAGGUAAGUUUCGUAUUGAAAGACCACCUCCCGGAAGCAUUACUAUUCUAAUAUUUGACUUACACAGACGCGCGGAUCAGUUCAUCGAGCCUUUGGAAUUCCGACCUGAGAGAUUCAUGAAAGAGCCGACUUGGCACCCGUUUUCCUACCUACCAUUUAGUGCUGGACCAAGAAACUGCAUAGGUCAAAAGUUUGCAAUGAUGGAAAUGAAGUUGGCAAUAACUGCGGUUCUCUCCAAGUACCGUUUGCUGCCAGUCACCAGACCACAAGAUCUGGUGUUUAAAGUCGACAUUGUGUUACGCACAAAAGAUCCUGUAUAUGUAAAAUUGGAAGAACGAAAGAAAACUUAA